GGGAAAGCUACGGCGGCCGAGGAGGCUCUUGAGUACCCAGAAGGCGAAGCUGGGCCGGUUCGCCAGGCCUGGAGCAUGGCGGCUCACCUGAAGAAGCGGGUCUACGAGGAGUUCAGCAAAGUGGUGGUCCAGCAACAGCAGCAUGAAGAAAUUUCGGCUAAAAAAAUCCGGCUAACCAAACCCAGCAAAUCUGCCGCUCUUCACGUAGAUCUUUGCAAGGCCACCUCGCCGGCCGAUGCGUUGCAAUACUUGCUUCAGUUUGCCCGGAAGCCAGUGGAGGCUGAAAGUGUGGAAGGCGUUGUGCGAAUCUUGCUGGAACAUUACUACAAGGAAAUCGAUCCCUCCGUGAGAUUGAAAAUCGCUUCCUUGCUGGGCUUGUUGUCCAAAACUCCUGACUUUUCUCCUGACUGCAUUCUGGACGAUGUCAUUAAUACUCUCCAAACUGAAAAAUCCCACCAAGUUCUGGCUCAGCUUUUAGAUACCUUGCUGGUGAUCGGGAAGAAACUUCAAGAGAACCCUGCAGUGCGAGGACAUCUCGUAGACGUGGCUUGCAAGCAUCUGACCGAUUCCUCGCACGGCGUAAGGAACAAAUGCCUCCUCCUGAUUGGCUGCCUGGGGACAGUGGAGAAAGCUGGCGGCUUGAAGGAAGCGGACCGCCAGUCUCCCAAAGACGUGCAGUUGAUCAUCGGCGAUCACUUUAGCGACCAGGAUCCACGAGUUAGAAGCGCUGCUAUCAAAGCUAUGUUGCAGCUCCAUGAAAGGGGUUUAAAGUUACAGCAAGCCAUUUAUAACCAGGCUUGCAAACUCUUAAUGGAUGAUUACGAACAGGUCCGGAGCGUCGCAGUGCAGCUCACCUGGGUCCUCAGCCAGCUUUACGCAGAAAGCAUUGUCCCCAUCCCAUCUUCCAACGAAGAAAUCCGGCUGGUGGACGAUGCUUUCGGGAAGAUCUGUCACAUGGUCAGCGACGGCUCCUGGGUUGUGAGAGUCCAGGCUGCGAAGCUGUUGGGAUCUAUGCAGCAAGUUAGUUCUCAUUUUUUAGAGCAGACCUUGGACAAGAAGCUGAUGUCAGAUUUGAGGCGCAAACGCACCGCUCACGAACGCGCUAAAGAGCUGUACAGUUCCGGGGAGUUCUCAAGCGGCAGGAAAUGGGGGGACGACGCCCCAAAAGAAGAACUAGACACGGGAGCCGUGAACCUCAUUGAAUCAGGAGCCUGCGGCGCUUUUGUCCACGGCCUGGAAGACGAGAUGUACGAGGUUCGGAUUGCCGCCGUGGAGGCCCUCUGCAUGCUGGCGCAGUCCUCGCCCUCUUUUGCCGAGAAGUGCCUUGAUUUCCUGGUCGACAUGUUCAACGACGAGAUCGAGGAAGUGAGGCUGCGGUCCAUCCACACCAUGAGGAAGAUUUCCAACAACAUCGCGCUGCGAGAGGAUCAGCUGGACACGGUGCUGGGUGUCUUGGAGGAUUCCUCCCGAGAUAUCAGGGAAGCUCUGCACGAGCUGCUGUGCUGCACCAACGUCUCGACCAGGGAAGGCAUCCAUCUUGCCUUGGCGGAGCUGCUGAAAAACCUCGCCAAGUAUCCGACGGACAGGGACUCUAUCUGGAAGUGCUUAAAAUUUCUGGGAGGAAGGCACCCCACCCUGGUGCUCCCACUUGUCCCUGAAUUGUUGGGGACCCACCCUUUCUUCGACACCCCCGAACCAGACAUGGAUGAUCCAGCUUAUAUCGCAGUCUUGGUUCUUAUUUUCAACGCGGCUAAAUCCUGCCCAACGAUGCCGGCGCUCUUCUCUGACCACACCUUCCGGCACUACGCUUACCUUCGGGAUAGUCUCUCACACCUUGUGCCGCCUUUGAGGCUGCCUGGAAAGAAGAUGGCCGCUUCUUCUGGGCCUGCCAGCCUCAUCCUUCAAGAAGAUCCUUCUCAGGAAUUUCUACAGCAGAGCCUCGAAAGAGUUUUCAAUCUUCAGCACCUGGAUCCACAGGGCACCCAGGAGCUGCUAGAAUUCACCAUUCGGGACCUCCAGAGGUUUGCAGAACUGCAGUCUGACUUAGCAGGCCUGGCUGACUUCUCUGCCGCUUACCUACGCUGCCAGCUCCUUCUCAUUAAGGCCCUGCAGGAGAAACUCUGGAACGUCGCAGCUCCCCUGUACGUGAAACAGAAUGCAUUGGCCUUAGCUGCAGCUCGGCAGAUUAUGGAAGAAACGUACAAGAUGGAGUUCAUGUACAGCCACGUGGAGCAUCGGCAGGUGGUCAUCAUCCAUCAUAUGAGGCUCCAGGCCAAGGCUCUGCAGCUGAUUGUGACUGUGUGGACAACGAGAGGGGUGGAACCGCUCGGGAUAUGUGAGAAAUUUUUGCAGGAAGUGGACUGUUUUCAAAGGUGUUUUAUUUCUGAGCUGCCUCACAUGCAAGGCAGCUUCGUGGAUAAGCUUCUUGACCUGAUGCCCAGGCUGGUCACCUCCAAGCCUUCAGAGGUAGUCAAGAUCCUUCGGGUGACCUUGAGACAGAGUAAUUUCCUUCGCCUUCCAUUGCCGGAGAAGAUCCACCGAGCAACUGCCACCAUUAUCGAACCCACAGGAGAGUCGGACAAUCCCCUGCGCUUCACGUCCGGUUUAGUUGUUGCUCUAGAUGUGGACGCCACUCUGGAACAUGUGCAAGAUCCCCAAAGCACGGUGAAAGUUCAGAUCAUGUAUCCUGAUGGCCAGUCCCAAGUGAUUCACCCGAAACCGGCAGAUUUUAGAAACCCUGGUCCAGGAAGGCACCGAUUAAUUACUCAGGUUUAUCUCUCACACACCGCCUGGACAGAACCUUGUCAAAUUGAACUCUGUCUUCUCCUGGCCUACAGUUCAGACAGGACCAAAGCCUCCGUGGGCCUCUCGCGGUCCACCUGGGGAGACAGCAUGGAUCUUCCACCCCCAUCCGAGGGCAGCAUCGAAGGGACUCUCUUGUUCGGCAAACCGGUCAAAGUUUAUAUUAUGCCCAAGCCUGCCAGGCGGUGAAAAGCUGCCGUUGCAAAAUAGUUUCCUCUUUUAUUUUACUCCUUGGGGAGAAAUUUCAGAAGUGGAUAAAGACCGUAAAGACCAUCGGAGUGUUGGCCUCCAUGUUAAAACUCCGCUCUCUCUUCUCUGCAUACCGAAUCACCUGAAAGGGAAGGGGUUCCGUUAAGUUGCUCCUCGGACUUUGCUACGGACGUUUUACUCCGUCGCUUGGCAGGCCUCCUUUAAGCGCAACAUGGUUUGGUCCAGCUUGCCCAGCCAAGAGUUGGGCAGUUGGGCACUUCCAACACAUCUGGAGGGAUGUCUUGUU